UUAGAUAUUUCCACGUGCUUUGUCCUCUUUCUAUUUAUUCCUACCCGGUUCAUUUUUAUAUAUCAGCGGGUGCGUGUUUUUAUCAACGGGUUAAUUUAAAUCAGCAUCAACUGGCAAAAAUCCUUUCAGGAGUCUAAUCAGCGAAGAAGAGGGCGGCGCAUCAGGACGAUAUGUCCGUUAAAGCGAUAUGGCCGCUUUCAGGUUUCUCUGUGGACCAGCAAAAUUUACUGGGAGUCGAGAGGGACAAGGAACCGGGAUGUGCGAUAGUGACUCUUGGCAGGAACAUAGUGAUACGAUAUAAACUGCAGGACCUAAAACAGAUCAGCAGCUGGUCGAGCAAGGAAAGAUUAACGACACAAGUCAUCUACGAUAGAUCCAAGCAGCGUUAUGUUGCUGCCUUCAAUGAAAAAAAGGUACGGGUCUGGUCCUCGGAAGAGGAAACAGACUUGAACAACGUGAAAGGAUACAAGUUUCAGUCACCGGUUUACGCUAUUUUACAAUACGACGACCUGCCAGCUAUUCUGGUCCAGCGGAAUGGAGCUACCGCUUCCUUAGAAUGGGCGAUUGCGAACAGGAAGACAUGGACAAGCAAGGGUAUAACUAAAGCUAAGGAAAGGAUAUUAGAUUGUCGAUUGAUACAUGUAAACGGGAAGACGAGUUUGUUCUGUUUAACAAAGAUAGAAGAGGUCUACAAUUACGUGGUAGUUAAAUUGGAAGAUGACACUUGUCUGGAAAGAGCAGACACCAUCAGGAGGAUAGAAUUAAAACGAAAAUCGGAGGACCUCAUGGGACACGUAGUGAUACAUCACAAGAACAAUGCGUAUCUACUAACUUUAUGGUCACAUGGUAGAUUGUACAGUCACUUCUUGGCAGGGACGUCCUCUGAUCGAGAAGCUAGCAAACUCAUCAGCGUAAUUAGCAAUAUCAACACAAAUUAUCCCGUGGUCAUGACGCACUUGAACGAAACAACUAUAGCGGUUUACGGUGCCGAUGUUACGGACGAGGGCGCCAUACUGAUGAUUUACAAUAUACAGUUCAAGCUGGUGCAAGCGGCGCAAAAGCUGAAGCUGUACACCAAUGACGCCAAGCUCUGGAAGGUGGAGGACAAGUUGUUGCUCGCGGCAAACAGACACCUGGCCGUUGCGCCUUAUCAUCUUGCGCCGCAAAGAAUAGCCGCUAUGCUGGGCUCGUCCUUGCGUUUCAAGAACGAUGAAAACGACGCGGACGACAUCGUUGUGAUACAGGAAGCAACGAUGGCUCAGUGGGACAAGAGCCAAAAGCGAGUGAAGCACUCGUUAGGCCGGGUACCUUCAAGUAUCUCUAAGCAGAUUCACACUUAUUUAAACGAGGGAUGGAGCGAUGCAGUAAUACAGGAGACGUUGAUUCCAUCCCUGAUGGAAUCUGGCGAUGUCGUGUCGAUUCGCUGGUGUCUCGACACCUUUAAAGAUUUGCCGGAGAAGUUACUGGUGCAGCUUUUGGCAUUUGCCUUGAAUCGUCCUGAUAAGGCAUUCGUUCCUGUGCAAAACGGUACUGCUGAUAGUAAAUCGAAGGCUAAUAAUCCCUAUUCGAGAAACAGUUUUCUAGAUAAAAUAUUCAGUAUCAGUUAUUCUAGCGCUUCUCUAUUACCUCACUUGAAAACUGGUUUAACGUUUGACGAAGUGCUUAAAUUAUUGGAAUAUUUAAUGUAUAAAUUGAACGAGGAAAUGGAUUCGCUUGACGGUAACUUGCAGCCAAGUGAUCAGCAAUUAUACGAGUGGUCCUGUAUGCUUCUCGAUUCUCAUUAUCAACAUUACUUGUUGUCACAGGAUACGCAUGUUUUAGAGCUGUUCAAUAGACUAAAUUCCAUCUUGGAAGAACAUUUUCAGUUUCUGCAAGAUCUCGAGAACUUGAGGCCAAUGAUAGACAGGACCAAUAAUGGAAAAUCACUACGAUCUUCUUCAAGAAAAUACAAUAAAUUCUAUUCUAUAGAAGAAAUAAAACUUUAUUAAAUUAUAAAUUAAAUGUGAGACACACUUUACCC